CUUUCUGCGACGUUGCCAACUCGGAAGAUCUCCCGCCGCAGAGUGCAAAUAUGCUGGUGGGCAUCAAGACCGAGAACACGCUCGUGAGCAUGCAGCCUGCGGGGAACACAAGCUGUGCCAAGCCACCCACGCCCAAGCCUGCCCACAACGAAGGCCGAUGGACCGACGCCGAGCACGGCCUUUUCCUCGACGGCCUUCGGAGGUACGGGCGGCAGUGGUUCAACGUCGGGAAGGUCGUCAAGACGCGCAGCGUGACGCAAAUCCGCACACAUGCACAAAAGUACUUUGCCAAGCAAGAGAAGGAGGUCAACUCGAUGCUGCAGACGAUGACCACCAAGGCCAAGACGCCACGGAAGCGCGCUGAUGCGUCCGAGGCGCCGGUCGUGUCGCCUUUGGCAAAACGUCAUGGCUCUCUGCACCACAAGAUGUCGCACAAGACUAUGGACGGGCUGCAUGUCGUGCUGUUGGCGGUCGAAGCUGCCUCGUCGCCCGACUUUAGCGACCGACGUUACGUGCUCCAGAGCUUCCUAAAACAGCCCAUGUCGAGUGUCGUGAGCUCCAAGAUCAAGCACUUGAUCAACGACGUUGCCGCGUUCGUUCGGCGGCGAGAGAAAGCCUCCGACGCGUUGCACCUCGGCGACAUGCACAUUGCAAUCGACAGCGGUGCGUACAUGACGGUGGAGAGCGCGGUCACUGCGCUGCUCGUCCGCCUCAAGACGCUCAAGUCGACAGCGACCGCGACGUUGGCGCAGCAGCUAGUGCUGCAGGAGCUGCCCCAGCUCUUCCUUACGAACGCGUGGCCAAUGCGGCCAUCGGUACCGUCGAGUCCACCAAGCGUCAUGAUUCCGGUGCUCAACCCGCAGCCGUCGCCCAUGGCGCUCAAACUCCCGCGCCUCGCCGACUGGGCACCCACGUCGUCGUCGGCGGCGGCAUUUGGCGACGACCAGUGUAUUGCGAUAUGACACUGAAUUUUGAAAUGUUGAAAAACGUCUCUUGCGAUCGCCAGA